AUGUUUUUCUCCAUUGAAGGGUUGACUUCGCAAUUGGCUUUGUAUUCAGGAUUACAAUCAAAGAAUGACAAUCUCGAAGCAAUCAACCGUAAAAAUAGAGAGGUCCCUGUUACACGCUUUCCACUCUUUCGUGGCUAUUGCCAAUACCACACAAGUCUACCGAUGGAUGCACGCCGAUUCGCUUUCCUCACCCUCGGCUCUCUGUCAAUCGCCACUCUCAUCGCUUGGUAUAUAAGCAAAGCGGCGAAGAAACGCCGUGCGCUUAUGAGUGAUUCACAUCAAAAUCUCAACACGGAGUCAAAAAACGACGCGUUUCCAAAUCAACAACGUGUACACUUUGAAGAACAAGAAAAUCAUCAUCAGAAUCUGAAUUACGAGAGUCACAAACCACUCGACGACGACGAUCCACUCUUGAAUGUAGACGAAUCAACCGAUUGCGAGGAAGAGCUGGAAGCGACGAACAGCACAGCCACCGAUGAUGAGACGAGAAAUCCAGAGAUCGAAAUUGAAAUAACCGAAUACGGGGACGAAGGCGCUGACAUUGACAUGGAGAAUAACAUUGAGAGCAAGGAUCAAGUGCCGAUGUCAAUAUCCCCACUCGCCGAACUGCUGAACUCUGCCGACAUGGAGCCGUUCUCGUGGAGUGAGGAGGUAGAGCGAAGUUAUCAAGAGUCGUUGGAGGAAAACGAGGCGACGAAUGGAGACCGUGAGACGAUCGAGAGUCCCAGUCUGCAAUCACAGGAUUCAGAUGGCUCUUCGGGAGAUAGCGGGCGGGCCACUGGUGGGCUAGCUUCGAGCUUAUCCCCGCACGAAGACUCCGGUGAGAUUUUGCCUCAAUACGAGUUCGAAAUUCCCAACUCUCUCGUCGGUCUCAUCAUUGGAAUCAAAGGAAAAACGAUUAAAGAACUUUCUACUCGAACCGCAGUCAAAAUGCUGAUUCGACCACAUCAUUCACAAACAAAAGUCGACUCUCAUCAAAUUUGUCAAGUGCGAGGGAAACGAGAUCAGAUCAAUAAAUGUUUAUGUAUGUUGAGGAAACGUUUCCCACCACCACGUUUCCCUGAGCUUAACCUUCAACCAGUGAUGCCACCACCAUUACCUAGUGGUCUUUAUGAUGCUCUUCAUUCCCAACCAACCUGGCUAACCCUUCCUGAAGGCGUUUCAACUGAAGUUGUCAUUUCAUCUUUGGUUGAUCCCGGUCAUCUUUUCCUUCAACAACCCACUCAUCCAUCAUUCUCUUCAUUAAACCUGCUUGAUCGCUACAUGCUUCAUCUCUAUUCACAAGAUAGCGGUAUUCCACAUCUAUCAGAGCCAUGUGAAACCGGUCUUCUAUGCGCAGCUCCAAUCCUUGGCGCAUGGUUCAGAGCAGUCACCGUUCUACAUUACCCGGAACAAGAUGAGGUUUUGGUGCGUUUUGUUGAUUACGGUGGGUACAGAAGAGUGUCGAGAAUGGAUCUUCGACAGAUUCGAACCGAUCUAAUGACUCUACCCUUUCAAUCAAUCGAAUGCUAUUUGGCUCAUGUGCAACCAGUUGAUGGAACUUCUCAAUGGGGCGAUGAAGCUUUCACCGUUUUUAAGAGCGCUUGCAUGGGAAAGGUAAUUGAAGCUCACAUCAUUGGGUAUCAUAUCGACGAUCGAGUGCCAUUCGUUGAAUUGAGCGCUCCAAACCACAAUGGAAAGGUGGAACGGGUGGAUGCCCUUUUGAUGAAAGGUGGAUUAGCCAAAGCCUCGGAUCCAUCCAAGAUUUGCCGUCUUCAACCAAAAAAUGUUAGCAUCAUU